CAGCACCAGGAAGCACGUGUGUGAUGUGACUCCACAAAUUGCUGUGAUCAUGGCCACUGUUUACUCUGGCAUCCAUCAAAAGCUGAAGAGCCAUCUCACACCUUGGCCUGAAAAGCUAAAGCUGGCUCGAUUUGCAUGGGUAUCCAAUCAGUGCCUUCUUCCAAAUAAGGAACAGUAUUUGUUUGAUUGGAUUGCUCGUGCCCUGUCUGGUUAUUACAAUAAAAAAGUAGAGCUGCCACAAGAGAUACUCGAGGACUUAUGGACCUACUUGAAAGAGAUUCUUCACAGCCAACAUCUUUGUUAUGUCCUGAGCCAAGGAAAAACCAUUGCACUGCAACCAGCAGUUUCUCAGAUAAUCAAUGAGCGGAUUCUGGAAAGACCUUCGUCUGUUAUCCUCUCAAGUGUAUUGGAUUGUUGUCAUAAAAUUUUAAGCUUUCCAGUGCUCUCUGUUACUUACACUGCCAAAUAUGAACUGCUGGUGGAGCUUUUGGCUAGAUUCAGUGACUUGGCAUGCUUUCAGCUUGGCCAACAGGAUUCUGCAGAGCCUCUUUCAGACAAGGUGUUUGAAGUUCUGCUACUUGUACUCACCACAUACCUGACUGUGCAACGACAGCAAGGAAACCCCAAAAGAGUUUUUACCCAGGUCAUAGAGCAUCUUAUUCAGCCUCUCUGCCUAUUAAGACACUUACUGACUAGUAGGACAUGGAUGGAAAAGGAUGAUGUGAAGAUACGCCAAAACCUCAGCAAAGAGAUCCGAAGCAAAGUUGAUUUAAUUCUUCAGUCAGCUCUUUUCUACCCUGACCACCUACCAUCUUACAAAGAUGAAGUUCUUUUGUCCGAAAAGGGAUCCAGUGGGAAAAAAGGAGCUACAGGAAAAGCCUUGCUCCGCCCUAUUGCUGCAAUUUUGUCAAAGAUUGUCCAGGAACAUGGUGGUGACAAAGAUACACUGUUUUAUGCUGUCCAGUCCAGUUCUCUUCCACUGCUUUUCAAAUUUGCGUAUGAUUCAUUUUGCAAAGGGGGAGAAAACAAGCUGGUCUGCUUUCACCUCAUGACUAAGUUUGUUAUUUCUCUUGGUUUUACUGAUGAUCUAAACAUCAACGAAACUUUUAACCCAGCAACUUGGAGCCUGACGUUGUUUGCUCUAGAGAACCUUUUAAACUCCUGUUUGACUGGAGAUAUCUAUAAUAUAGCUGCAGAUAAAAUCCAUCACGCAGAGGUGCAGCUUAAUUUCUAUAGGAAAGUGGCACAAUUUUUAUUUAAUAAUGCACAGACAGGCAUCCCGGCCUGGUACCGCUGCCUGAAAACCCUGCUUGCACUGAACCAUCAAAUCUUGGAGCCCGAUCUUGACGAACUUCUUUCCUUGGUGUGGGUGGAUGCAGACAACACAGAAUUGCGUGUAAAGAAAGCCAGAGAAGCUUUUUUAUGCGCAGUCCUUCAGACUUACUCUAAACUACGCCAGCUGCCAAGACUCAUUGAGGAGCUUCUGGAUGUAAUCUGUCGACCAGCUGCAGAUGAAAUGAGACAGGGAUUGUUGUCUGAGACUUUGCACAACAUCUUAGGACAGUGUCUCUUGGACAACCCCCCCAGCCAGAAUCUGGAAAUUUGCAGACUUAUUCUGGAGAGGAUGCAGAAUGAUCUUCCAUACAUUCAAGAGAGAAGAAAUGAAUCUGCACUGAAGAUGUUUUCACUGGCUGUUCUCUUACAUGCUGUGCUCUUUAGUCUUAAGACUCUGGAUGAAAGCACCCCUGUACCUAUUGUUAGAAAAACUCAGAGUCUGAUGGAGCAUAUUCUGACAUUUGUUCAAUCCCUGCUGGAAGGUCUUGAAGGAGCUUUAGUUGCUGACCCCCUCUGGGCAGAGAAGAUGCAAGAAGUGUGUUUUCUACUGAUUCACACUUGGCAUGAAACAGAUACACUUUUUCAUGUUCAUUGCAGUAAAUACAACUCUCCAUCUGUUUCCACCAAUGACAUCAGCUCUAUAGACAAUAAAGUAGUGGCACUAUCAGACUGUGGAGGACAGACAAUCAGUCAUCUAAGUAGACUUCUUCUAAAGCUUCUUGCACUCCACAGAAUGAAAAAUUGCCUGCUAACGUCACCUUCAGUUCUGACAGAUGCAGCUAAACAAAACCUUCAAGAAACUGCCCAGUCUGUAUUAAAUGGACAAGAACUCUUAAUAAACACAAAUCCUGACCAAACUUGGGACCGACAGCUUUGCAGUGUCAACAGUGACACCUAUCCAGUAGCUUUCUGGUUUAUAGUUACCACCAACCUCCCUAUAAUUGCUCCAUUCAUUUCACCUGAGGUUACAUCUCACAUUGCAGAUACUAUGUUGAACUCAUUGCUUCAGAGUGACCCUGAAAGCAUUGUGGGUAAAUCUGAGCUUUCUGUACACCUGAUUUCAAAACAGCUACUUGAGAGCCCAGUUUUUUGUGAAUUACCUGACCUACACUCAGCAGUGGUGUCUUCAGUAACAAAUAAGUUCAUUGGAAUUCUCAGUCCUAAUGAUGUGCAGUCUUUUUGUCCAUCAUUUUUAAAACCGUGCACAGAAAUUGUUACAACAACAGAUGAGGAAGACUCGCCUCCUUUCAAAAGGUUGAAGGUUGUAGCUCAGGAGAUUAUGGACUGUGCCAAGGAAACUCCUUCAAUACUAGUAUCUGAAGCACAAAUAGAGACUCUUCUAAAGCUAGUAAAGUUAACAUGUGUCCUGAAUCCAUAUGCGAUGCCUCCAGAUGACUAUUUGGGACUUUUUCUGAGUUCCUUUUUGAUGACACUUUGUGCUCAACAUGAUAAAACAGGAGCACCUUUGGUACCUGUUAACCUUUUAAAAGAUCUCUUUGGCCUCAUGAAGAUGCUCUUGAUGGGAAGAAACUCUCAUACAAUAUUAAAAAUUGUCCAUGGCAGUACCCUCCUGAAGGCCACCAUAACAUCACUCUUCUCUUGUUUUGACAAGGGCCUUUUUCAGAAUGUUGAAAGCUCAGCCUGGUUUGCUUUUCUUCAAUCAGUCCAAGAAUUCAUUCAGCACCUAAUUCAUCUGAUACUCGACCGGAAAAGCAGCGUGAGACUCAAUCUUGAGAAGUUUACCAGCUUUAUGUUUGAAAAAGCUGAACCACCUUUGGACAAGGCUUCAUACUCAUUUCAGCUUCAUUUAGCAACUCUGAGCACGUUUUGUAAAGAAAUGAUAUCUGUCCUUGGAAAAAAUCAGCAGAUGGAUGAAACUCUGACACAGUUGCUAGGAAAAAUCAUCUUGGUAAUGGGGCCUGCUGUUCAGUCUGCAUUCACUGAUAAGACAGGCACUGUGCUUAGUCAGUCGUUCUGUAUUGAUGUCCUGACUGUGAUAAUUAAGAGUGAACUUGCAGUAGCUAAUUAUGAGACUCAGGACAUCACUGAUGGGGAUAGACAACAGAAGUUAUCCAACAUGACACUUUACAAAAGCUUUGGCGAGCAGAUCUUGAAGGAUUUAUACUCAUUACCUCAACCCAAAGAAUUUCUUAUUUCAGCUCUACAUUAUCUGUCAGCGUUUUAUUUGGCUGCAGAGACAACUAAAGCAGCAGAUCUUGAUAGUCUUCAUUUUACGAUUCUGCAAAGUGUCCAUAAACUACUGUCAGGUAUGUGGAUUUCAAUAUCACAAGAAAAGGAACUGGAGGGUCCAAUGAAAGACCUGUUUAGUCAGUUGAUGGUUAACUGUUCGAUAGAGCAGUUCCGUAUGCUAUUUCUCUCCCUGAUUCAAAAUGGACUUGUUGCUGCGAAGGUUGAAGCAGGCCAUUAUAAAGACAUACUUGCAACUGUGACUGCAGUUAAGCUGCUUGCCUGCUGUUCAUUAUCAGAGAAAGCUUCAGAGUUAUUUUGGCAGGUUGUUCCACAGAUCAUUUCUUCCAUUGUUUCUGUGGUAAAAGAGUUCAGUGGAGGAGCUUCACUAACCAGUGAACUGACUGUGCCAGCGGUGGAGACCCUUACUUCACUGCUCCGUCAGGGGGAAUCUUAUAUCACUGAGUCACACCAUGUUUUAAUGGUGCUGGAAGCUCUGGAGUUUGUGCCUCUUGAAAACCAGUACAUAGAAGAAUACUGUUCAGCCUUUCAGGCCAUCCAUGAAGCUUUGUUCGUCAUUAUCCUGUGCUACCCCAAGGUUAUGCUGAAGGCUUUACCAGUUUUCUUGAACUGUUUUUAUCGGCUGGUGAAGUCCAUCAUAUACGAGGGCAGACACAAGGGGGAGAAUGAGAAAGGGAAAGAUUCUGAGAAGCUUGUGAAGUGCGCCAUGCUUAUAGAAAGGAUGUACACCCACAUCGGAACAACAGCUGAGAGUUUCACAGUCUUGAACUCUUUUGUUGUGGCUCAGUAUGUUAAUGAGCUUCAGAGGGUAACGCUGCAACCACAAAUCAAGGCCCACCUGACAGAAGGCAUCUACUGUAUUCUGGAUCACUGUGUCGAACAGGAUAUAAAGUUCCUAAACAGGACUCUGUCAGUUGGUGUACAGGAAGUAUUUAAUGAACUAUACAAAAACUACACAAGCUACCACAAAUCUCAAAGACAAGGAGAAGAGAAAUAUACUGUCUAAACUGUAGUGUUUUGGACUAACAAAUGUGGGACCAAAUAAACUGUAUGUAAUUUUA